UCCUCCCAGGGCAAGAGGAAGCAGCACUCUCUACUAUAGUUCUUGCAUUUUUCAUACAACUUCAGCCUCAUACUUCCAGGCUUCAAGGGAUGAGAAUCUGUUCCAGCUUGCCUCGGGGCAGGUAUGAGGACCUGUAAGGGGUCUGGGGCACCUGGUUACACGGCAGUCUUGUCUCCUUGGACCGAGGUGGACAGAGGUCGCUGUCCUGGCUGCCAGCUGCCCCGGACAAGGUCGGAGCAACUUCCCUCAGUAGCUCCAGUGGGUGUGGGAAGCGUCUGGAGGAGUCCUGUGUGUCUCCGGGCUGUGUGCGGGCGGGCCCGGGACGUUGGAGCGGCAUUGGCCGGUGGCCGGUGGGUGGAGUCGGGUCUGCCGGGCCCGCCCCCGGGAUGUGGAGCGGCGCUGCCGUGGCCGGGGGGCGGGGCCGACGCGCUGUGAGGUCAUGUCGCCAGCCCCUCCCGGCGUCGCUACGCCGCCUGCGAAGCCCUGACGCCGGCGCUGGGAUUCUGGAGACCCGCGGUUCGGGCGGCGCGAGACCAUGGGCGCUCGGCUAAGCGGCGGCCAGGGAGCCCCGGAGCAGGUGCAGCCCCAGCCCGAGCCCCAACCCCAACCCCAACCCCAACCCGGGGCGCCCGAGGCCCCUGAGCAGCCUCAGCCUGAACCCGGCCCCUGGGGGCCGCUGGACGAUGUGCGCUUCCUCAUCGCCUGCACCUCCUGGUACUGACAAGCCGCCCUGCGCAGUUACUGCCCGCUGCCAGCUGUCGUUCUGUCCGCCUUCGCCUGGUUCGUCUCUUAUGGUCUCUUUCCACCCCCGGUGCCCAGGAGACGCUCGGAGAGUCGCGGAGGUCACGGAGGACUAUGGAUGGGGCACCGGCUGGCCUCUAGCUCUCUCCGAAUUUGUUCACUUCUCAGCCCGCACCCACAGCAGCUCAAACCUUCGUGCUCACCCCCACCCCAUAGCUUCUUCAGCGGUCUGGGUCCUGGGGCAGCCCUCUCCGGCACUGGCUUCCAAAACCAGGCCAGGAUUCCUGAUUUGCUUACUCAAGGAACCACUAGAGUACCUCUGAGGACCACUGUUUGAGAAAUGCUGUCUGAAGGGGUGAAGUCAAUCUGUGGAAACGUCUCUUAAAUGGCUGGGCUCCCUUCUCAUCAGAGCUUAGUGAACUCAGACGUCAGUGCUUGACUCACUGAAAAGAGAUGAGGACAGAAGGUGCCUGGAAGCAGCCCCCGAAAGGAGCUGGAAGGUACGCUGGCCCAGACUGCCCUCCACACAGACUCGGAUGACGUGGACAAUCGGACUUGCCCUUUUGCCCUUACGUGCAACGGUUCUCGGGGAGAGCCUUUGAAACACACAGAUGGAGGCAGCUUCUAAUUCAGGUGUUCGAGGUAGGACCUAGGUAACAUUUUUUGUUUUUAAAAUAUAAAGUCCCCCAAGUGACUUAUAGUGAUUGGGUCAGGCUGACAAACCCAAAGCGGCUGCUCAACCUCGGCACCACUAGCAGUGGGACAGCUGAGUGUCCCCGUGUGGGGCAGGAGGGUCGACCCCCCCCACUUCGGAAGCCCUUGCCCAAAAGGGAGUCUAGUCAGGCCUGUAGGUCUAAUGACCAAUAUUCAGGAUAUAGGAGGAAGGGAGGUGUGUUAAAGGCAAAUCUGAAUCUCAUCAAGUCAAAUGACCUUACUCAGGACAAGUGACACGGUUCCUUCAACAGGGCCGGGGGUGGGGAAGCAAGCCGACUGCUGCAAACAACCGCUUAAGAGACGUCAACCGUGUAUGCCAUGUGGGUAUUGUCUGGGUCCGGAUGCAAGCAAACAGCUGUAAAGGACGUUUUUGAGGUGAUUCUGGGAAAAUGGACCCAAACUGGGAAUUGGAUUUUAAGAAAUUAUUGAAGAUUUUGUUGGGUUUCAUAAUGGUUUUGUGGUUGUGUUAAAAAUAAUCUGUUAAAGGUAUGUCCUAAAGUAUUUACAGGAGAAAUGAUAUUAUGCCAAGGAUUUUCUUUAAAAUACAUCAGCCAGAAAAUAAAAGUGGCAGGGAGAGAGAAGGUGAGGUGGCAGUGACAUCAUGUGGGGAAUAGCUGAAGCAAGGUGGUGGGCGCCUGGGGGUUCAUAUUAUCAUUCUCCCUUCUUUUGUGAGUUUGAGGUUUUCCAUAAUGGAAAUUUAGAAGAGAGAAGAAAGCCAAUAAACACAAAGUUCCUAGGAGGCUCCAAGUACUCCCUCGUUGAAUUUAUGUGGAAAUUAAACGAGAUAAUAUACAGGUGCUCCAUAAAUCUUGGUUCCUUUCAUCUCCUUCCAGAAACUGUCCUAGGGCAACCUGCUGCAUUCCAGUUCACCUGUCAGGGGCCUGUUGCUAAGGUCAGGGGCUGCAUCUGAACAGUUCAUGCUUGGCUUUCCAGAGCACAGAAAAGUCCUGACUCUUGUCCAAAGAAGACAUUGGCCAUAUUGGAUGAUCUAUCAGAAUUGGCAGUUGUUCUUCAGGAUGGGGUGGGACAGACGGGAGGAUGCUGGGAUUGUGCCCACACACAGGUCCCAGCUCCUUCCCACACAUACCACCAGAAAUUCUUGGGAUUUUGAGAUGUGGCCCAAGGUCUCCAACAGCAAGGAGGGCUUGCAGGCAGUAGAAACCCCAGAGCUGGGAAGGGGAGGGCAGAGUUAUUAGGAGUGUCUUCCCUGUGCCUCCUCUGGCCAACAUCCCUUUAAGAAUUCAUUUGUCUCUAUCAGGGCUAUAACUAAAAUCUUGUCAGCUAACUGUGCCUGGCAUAUAACAGGGCUCAAAAACGUUAGUUUCUUCUCCUCACACUUUAUCAGUUAGCACAGACAGCCCUUCCUUGACACUGAUUCAAGAAGAAGGGAAGAAAGAAUAACUGUUCAGAAAGCCAGGAAGUGCACCCAGGACAUAAGGAAGGGGUAACAGGGCAGAGGAAAUGGUGCCAGAUAGCAAAGAGGACCAACAUUUGAAGAGGGCAAGAGACAAAGAGAAAUUUAACAGUUUCCUAUCUUUGCCGAGGCUGAGCCUUGGCCAAACCACUCUUUGACAGAUAAGCCAAGAGUGGCAGAUCCUUGAUUCACACAAUGAUCUGAAAUGUUCUCAAGGAGGCUGUCCCCAUCCCCCGUCACCAGACUCAGCCUCUGGGGAAAUGGGCCUGUAAGAGUCUGCUCUCAGCCUGAAGCCUGGCUGAGGAAAGAGAAGGCCCUGUGUUCCCAAACGUGCCUAAGUUUAAGAAUCAGAAUGCCCAGGGGACGGGCCUGGGAAUCUGUUUAUAACAAGAACCCCAAGUGAUACUUAUGACCAGGCAAGUGAGGGAAACCCUGGGGAUCAAGAUGGUAUUUCUCAAGGUGAUGGAACACCUACAUCAGAAGUGCCUGGAGAAUUUAUUACACCAAGUGCAGAUGUCCCAGAAUGAGAGAGUCAGAGUAGCAAGACGUUAGGGGCCUGGAACCUGGAAUGUGCAUUCUUUAGAAAGAUCUCUGGGUUUUUCUGGUGUGCCCUGCAGUUUGAGAACCAUGGAGCUUAGCUUGGUAGCUAAGAGUAUGUGCUCCAGGGGUGCCUGGCUGGCUCAGUCACUAGAGCAUGCAACUCGUGAUCUCAGGAUCAUGAGUUUGAGCCCCACGCUGGGUGUAGAGGUUAUUUAAAAAAAAAAAAAGAGUAUGUGCUCCGGAGUCAUAAUGCCCAGGUUCAAAGCCUUAUUUCACCAUUCACUGACUAGGGGACUGUAGGGAAGACUACUUAAUGUUUCUAUGUACCUUGGUUUACCUAUCUGUAAAAUGGGGAUGAUAAUAAUAAUACAUACAUACUACAUAGCACAUGGAAAGCACUUGACACAGGCCUUAGAAUAUCAACAUGCUAAUCGUUACCUGUUCUCAUCUAAAAGCCAGAAUCCUCUAUCCCUUUCUCCUCCAGGCUCCCUCUGCAUUUUCUUAUUUCCUUGGUAUUUCUGCUACAUCCUUCAGUAGUCUGCUUUGUGACAGAGUGACUUAUGCACACGUUGUCUCCCCCACUCAACUGUGGACUAUCAGAGGGCAGAGACUGUGUCUUUUUUGUUUAAAUGUUUGGAUACCCUCCCCCCCCCACCCCGCCCUGGGCUGUGUAUCAUGUUACACUAGUGUUGGAAUGGGUCUUAGAGAUCACUAGUCCCGCCCCUCAUUCUAUACACAAGGAGGCUGAGAGGGAAUCAUGUGCCCCUAAUCACACAGCUAGGUGGUUGGACUGUGGCUUGAGCCCUAGUGCUGCCGGCUACCAGCUAUGCCAUUUGAGUCCCAAGCUCUUUUCUCUUAAAAAUGGGCAUAAUGAUGUACACUUGCUUACUUACUAAGCAAGUGCCUUAGGAGUAAAUACUGAUGAGGAACGCUUUUGCAAGCUGAAGGGUAUUGUUACUAGUACGUACAAUCUGACUUGACUCCAUAUAACAUUCACUGAGUUAUCCACGGAUACUAGAGUGAUUCUGGGGCUCAAAGGAGAGAGAGUCAGGCCGUCUUGUACGAUGGCCUUUGAAGCCCUUACCAGCCAGGCCAGAGCCUACCACUUUCAGACCCCACAUUCAGCUUUAAUGACUUUUUUACCUCUUCUCCAGCCUCUGAUCCAUUACUUCAUCUUAUUCAUGGCCUGACCCCUCCCUCUGGACUCACCCCCCUUAGACCAUUUACUAAGAGAUCUGACCCGACUCCGUGGAUGGAUCAGUGUUGAACAUUAUCAGAGACCGCAGUUUCCACCCUCUUAGGUUCUUAGUUCUUGGGCCUAAAGCUCCAGAGCAGGAAACUCAUCUGUGGCAUCCCAAGCUCUUCCUCAGGACUCCCUUCCUUGACAACUGAGCAAUCCAGGACUGAACCCCUGUCCCCCUCAUGGCCUUACCA